AUGGAGGGUGGGUACACGAGGGAAGAGGAGCAAUUAGUCAAUGAUGAUCAAGGUAUCAGAGAACUUCCUGUUUUGUCAUCCAUUAACCAUGACAACAAAAGGAGAGGAUGUGAUAGAAGUAAUUUCAAUUUUUCUUUGAUAAAGAAAGACUACUAUCAACAGAUGCAACUGGAGAAUACAGAGAGUGGCCCAGCAAUGUUGGGGCUUCAGCCUAGAUUUUUGGCACUUGUCAAAGGUUUUUUAAAGAAGACAGAACUAAUAGAAGCAGCUCAGCCCCUGUGUGAUGCUUCACUGGUGAACACUGCAGAGGCCUCGCACUACUCUGCUUGGUCCUCUAUGAGUACCCUUACCAGGAAGAACCUGGCCAGACGAGAUGGCAACCCUUCCAGAUACAGCAUAACUCUGGAGGGGAAAGUUUUAGCAACCAGGUUGUUGGCUGCUGAAAAUAAUCCAUCACCUGUUUCACCCUUACCCUCCUGGACCUCUGGUGAGAAUAUAAGAGCAGCAUCCAGAACUUCCAGCAUCACCACCCCGGCUGUUAGUCAAGCUAAUUAUCAAGAGGUCAUGGAAAUUGCUGCUGGUAAUAACAAACAUUCAGAGAUUCUGUCAAGUCUGGUUAGUAGUUCGUCAUGUCUGGUCAGCAGUUCAUCAAGUGUAGUCAACAGUUCGUCAGUAUUCAAAGAUGCCUUAAAUAGUGAUGUUAAGACAAGCAAAGUGGUACCAAGCUCAUCGAUUACUGUCACCACAAAGACGAAGCAAAGUAGACCAGGUAAGGGCUUUUUUUCAUGCAGAAAAGGAGAGGAGAUUUUAGCUUACUAAUGUUGCUGUAUUCUGAAAAGAAUGCAUAUUCACCUACCAUCCUACUUACGACCGAGUUCGGUUCCGAGAAACCGGUCGUAAGUCGAAAUGGCCGUAAGUCAAACUUUACUACUGAAUAUCAACAAAACAUUUUUGUAAUGACUUUAUUUUAUUGUUUUAUUUUGGUAUUUUAUGUUUUACUUUAUUUUUUAUGUUGUUAGUACUGUAUUUUAUACUGUAAGGUUUAGCAUAAA